GAGCUGAAAGAUUUGGUCGAACGGAGAAUCCGGCCAUGGAUGCAGCGUUGCUGUGCCGAGCACGUCGAGUGCCAACAGGCUGAGAAAGAAACGUCAGGCCAGUUGCCCACGCGGCUGAUCGAUCUUGGUCCAUCGGCCACUAGCCCUAUCAAGGUGAUAGAAACAAGUGCCCAGCGUGAAAUAACGGAUAGGAUAGAGUAUCUGAUCCUUAGCUACUGCUGGGGGGAAUGCAAUGAUACUGCAAAAACCACCCGUUUCAACCUACACCACCGACUAGACAGCUUGGAAGUUGACAAAUUCCCAGCAACUAUCCGCGAUGCCAUCAGUCUCACGCGAGCUUUGGAAAUCCGUUAUAUCUGGAUCGAUGCCAUCUGUAUAAUUCAACCCAGCGACGACGGGUAUUAUGACGACCUGAGGCGCGAAGGCACAAAAAUGGCAAGUUAUUACACCAAUGCCAUGUGCUGUAUUUCGGUAUCCAGUUCCCCUGAUAGUUCACAUAGUUUCCUGACGGAGCGACGACUGAUGCGACAGUCGUGGCAUCCAAAACUUGCUUCGCGUGAACCGGAAAUCACCAGGGAAGUUUUGGGAUCCAAAUGGCUCGAGUUCGUCGAGUAUUACGCGACAACAGACCUAUCGUUUCCCAGUGACCGCCUGGAUGCGAUUAAUGGCAUUGUGAGGUACCUUUCCGAGAGGCACCAAGACCAGUACUUUGGUGGAAUCUUUAGUUCAUGCCCAGAGAAAGGACUUCUCUGG